ACGAGCCUAUCUUACUCACUCUCACACACACAGAGAGACCAUUUGUUUGUCCUGAUAAGCAGAAGGAGAGAGGGAGCCAAUGAAGAGGGAGGAGGGAAAGAAGGAGGCAAAGUGCAACCCAACCAAAAGAGUAGAAACACACAGAAUAGUGAGCGAGCGCUCUGAGUGUCUUAAAAGAGAGAGAAGGCAUCAGAUAGGAGUGUGAGUCCUCAGGUAGGUGGACAACUAAAAAAAAAAAAAAAAUUCAAGGCCACCGGCAGAUUGAGAGCGAGUGUAUAGGACCAUGUCUCUAAAUGGGAGGGUGGCUCUGGUGACCGGGGGAGCUCAAGGCAUUGGGAGAGCCGUAGUCCAGUCCCUCUUACAGAGCUCAGCUAAGGUAGCUGUGGUCGACCUGAACCAGACCUGUGGUGAAGAGUGCAAGAAACAGCUGGACGCUGAAUUUGGAGAUGGCAGCAGCACCUUUAUUCAGUGUGAUGUGUCCGACGGAGACUCACUGAGAGAUGCCUUCCAGAGCACAGUAGACAAGUUUGGUCGUCUAGACAUUGUCAUCAACAAUGCUGGAAUCAACAAUGAAAAGAACUGGGAGAAGACCAUACAAGUGAACCUGGUCUGCUGCUUGAGCACAAGAAACAUUCCACACCCAGUCAUCAUGGUAACGCAAAGCUUGACUUCUGUAAUAAAUGGGACCUACUUGGCUCUGGAACAUAUGAGUAAGGAGCAUGGCAAGGAAGGAGGCACGAUAAUCAACGUAUCUUCUAUGGCAGCCUUCCUGCACUCUCCUCACCAGCCUGUUUACACAGCUACUAAACAUGGAGUCAUUGGUUUCACAAGAGUUAUGGCUGAUGCAUCUUCUCAGAGUGACUACGGCGUGCGUAUCAAUGUGCUGUGCCCUGCCUUUGUUGACACCCCACUGCUCCACUCAGUAGAACAGGAGGAAUACAUGGGAAAAUUUGUCAAAUUCAAGGAUGAUUUCAAGAGCAGCAUGAAAAAGUUUGGAGUUCUACAGCCAUCAUUGAUAGCAGAAGGCAUGAUGAGGUUGAUCACCGACACCAGUUUAAACGGUGCUGUGAUGAAGAUUACGUGCUCCAAAGGAAUUCACUUCCACACUUAUGAACCCAUGUCUGCUUGAUCAUCGCCGAAUGGACUGCCCCUUGCUGAAGAGCAUAGGCGUAUACAACUGUAACCGUGGAGGUCAUAUCAGAACAGAAUCCCCAAAUGUUUGGAUUCUGCUGCACAAAACUGGCCUGAACUUUACCUACAAUGUAAAUGCAGUAAAACCAAAAACAAGGUUUAUGCUAUGAUAAUAGAAUUGAUGCAAUAGCAGCUUUGGAACAAAACAAAACAUAUUAAUCAUGAAACCUUCAGCGACCCAAAACAGCAAUACAGUAGACUUUUUAGUGUUUUUGAACAUCAUAGUCAAUCAUGUAGCUUCUGUAAUUAAGCAGUGUUGUUAUUAAGACCUGUAACUAUUAUUAUUUAAUUGUUAAAUAAUAUUUGCACAAAUAUUUAAAAAAAAAAAAAAAAACCUGUGGGAUUGUUUGCAUUUGUUAUUUUACAAGGAUAGUUCCUUCCAAUUAUGAUGUCGAAUGAUGAUAAAUGAUUUUCUUUUCUUUUUUAUACCUUCUCAUCAUAUGUGUGUAUGUAAUGGGAAUUGCUGCCACAGAGUUGUGCUUAAGAGUCAACAGAUAAAAUGAAAAGUUGCUACAUUAAAGAUCUGGAUUAGCUGGAGUGACCAAAUUACAAAGUGAGGGCUAUGACAUCUUUGACAGCUCAUCAUAUCUGUGUUUAAUGUAAAGUAUGUACACCUGUAUAUAUUUAUAUGAUAAUGUUCCUGGAAUAUACAGCAAACUGGGGACUUCACUUUGUGAAAAAUAAAUAAUUGUUGAAACCU